AUGGAAGGGCAGCAUAACCAUCCACAUCAUCUAGGGGACCAGAACAACCCUCUUUGCAAGCUGCCAGGGCAGGAGUACCAGCAUGAUCCUCAGAGACAUUUAACAUCGUACCCAUAUCGCUGCACAUUGGCAGAUUUUCAGAUAGAGAAGAAGAUUGGACGAGGACAAUUCAGUGAAGUUUACAAAGCAACUUGUCUUCUGGACAGAAAACCUGUGGCAUUAAAGAAAGUUCAGAUUUUUGAAAUGAUGGAUGCCAAGGCUAGGCAAGAUUGCAUUAAAGAAAUUGACCUCUUGAAGCAACUGAACCACCCCAAUAUAAUUAAGUAUUUGGAUUCUUUUAUUGAAGACAACGAACUUAACAUUGUCCUGGAGCUGGCUGAUGCUGGUGAUCUCUCCCAGAUGAUUAAGUAUUUUAAAAAGCAGAAACGGUUAAUCCCGGAAAGGACGGUGUGGAAAUAUUUUGUGCAGUUAUGCAGUGCAGUUGAACACAUGCACUCCCGCAGGGUGAUGCACAGAGACAUAAAACCAGCCAAUGUGUUUAUAACAGCCACAGGGGUGGUGAAGCUGGGAGAUCUUGGAUUAGGCCGUUUUUUUAGUUCUAAAACCACUGCAGCACAUUCCUUAGUGGGAACUCCAUACUAUAUGUCCCCAGAAAGAAUACAUGAAAACGGCUAUAACUUUAAAUCUGAUAUCUGGUCUUUGGGCUGUUUAUUGUAUGAGAUGGCAGCUCUUCAGAGCCCUUUCUAUGGAGAUAAAAUGAACCUGUUUUCUCUUUGCCAAAAAAUAGAGCAGUGUGACUACCCACCUCUUCCAGCCGAACAUUACUCUGAAAAGCUGCGGGAGCUGGUCAGCAUGUGCAUAUACCCUGAUCCAGAUCAAAGACCUGACAUUGGUUACGUGCACCAAAUAGCUAAACAAAUGCAUGUGUGGACCUCCAGCACAUGAAGCAUCUGCAGCCACUCUCGAGAAGCCAGCACAGCUCAGUCUUACUUGAAUUCUUUUUUUCUCAGCUGAAACUGAGUGGUGCCUUGUCACCCCCGCGAGAGGGUUGAGCACUCGUAGCAAGAGGCUCCAUUAUUUCUGCAGGUUAUUUGACAAGGACUCUUACGCCGUGGUCAUGCUUUAAAGUGAAGAUUCUGUGAGGUAUUGCAAGUGAUUUUUUUUGUUGUUGUUUUUUUUCUUCCAGGCCAAUAACAUGUUACAGAUGUAGAUCAUUUAAGGGUCCUUUCUUAAAACUGUCGUGUGUAAUCUAGGAUAGAUAUUAACAAGGGUGCAGGUUUGCUGCACCCCCUCUAUCUUAACUGUAAUGUGAACUAUUGAAAUAAUUCCUUCAGUGAAAUCACUUUAUACUAGUGUAAGAAU